GGAGGCGCCGAUCUUCGGCUACCUGUUCGUGGAUUCUUGGCAGCCCUGGUCGUGGAUCGAUCGGCCAUGUUCGUCAAGAAGCUCGUGGAGAAGGCCUCCAAGAAGCAACACACCAGCAGCAUCGGCUGCCUGCGCGCCGAGGACGUCAGCCCGCGGCUGGCCUUCCACUACGGCGUCCCCGCCGACGCCGCGCUCCUCGCCUACGACCCCCUCCUCCACGUCCUCGCCGUCGCCACCAGCAAUGGACAGAUCAAGCUCUUCGGCCGCGACAACACGCAGGCGCUGCUCCAGUCCCCCUCCCCCAUCCCCUCCAAGUUCUUGCGGUUCGCCGAUGGCCAAGGGGUUCUCCUGAACGUGAACACGCAGAACCAGAUCGAGGUCUGGGACAUUGACACGAAGAAGCUCUGCUAUCUGCAUCCUUUUGAGAAGCAGAUAACCGCCUUUACCGUGCUACAGAAGAGCUUCUACAUAUAUGUAGGAGACAGUUCUGGAAACGUGUCGUUGUUGAAGCUUGACUUGGGUCAGAGAUGUCUAGUCGACAUGCCAUACUGCAUUCCUUUUGCUGAAUCUUAUGGUUCCAUGGCAAAUGUUGGUAAUGGGGUAGAGGUUGCAUUUGUUUCACCACAGCCUUCUGCCGAAUACAACAGGUUGCUCAUUAUCUUCAGAGAUGGGGUCAUGGCUUUAUGGGAUAUUAAGGCAAGCAAAGUGAUGUUUGUAACCGGUAGAACUACGCAACAACAAUCACACCAGGAGGAUAAAACCGUAACAUCAUCAUGUUGGGCUUGUACCAAUGGAAGCAAAGUUGCUAUUGGAUAUGACAGUGGCGAUAUCUAUCUUUGGGCUAUUCCUGAUAUUUCAAGUGCACAAAAUUCCUCAUCGUUGAGUAAUCACAGCCUACCUCUCCAGAGGCUUAACCUUGGAUACAAGCUAGACAAGGUCCCAAUAAUGUCUUUGAGAUGGGUAGCUAGUGAUGGAAAGUCUGGACGUUUGUAUAUUAACGGAUUUAGCGAACAGGCAUACUUAUCUCAGGUCCUGAUUCUGAAUGAAGAGAGUGAAUCUCGAAUUGUAAAGAUGGUAUUACCCCUCACAGAAGCUUGCAAAGGAAUGGAGCUUGUUACAGGGCUUAGCGACCCAAAUAAGCAAAGACAGAAUAUUCUCGUUCUCUUGUUGAAAUCUGGUCAAAUCUGUUUAUACGAUGAUUCAGAAAUCGAGCGGUACCUCCUUCACUCUCAGUCAAGGUCACCACCAACACUUCCAAACCACUCAUAUGUGAAGCAACCGUAUGGUGAUUCAGGCAUCAACAUUGCAAAGUUCUACACAAGUGGCCGUACAUCAAUAGCUGAUGAGGAUUAUUUUUCAUCGUUGGCCACCAAAUAUACAUGGUUGUUCUCAAUGAAGGAUAAGGGCCAGAAUUCCACAAAUUUUACCAACAUCCAUAAGACCAGGAACCUGUAUAUAACUGGACAUAUGGAUGGAACGAUAAGCUUUUGGGAUGCAUCAUGUCCUCUUCUCAUGCAGAUUUUUAUGAUAAAGCAGCAGAAUGAAGACAAUACAUCAAGUGGCACCCGUAUUACUUCAUUGCAGUUUGAUAUGUCCUCCAGCAUUCUUAUAUCUGGGGAUCAGAGUGGAACGGUCCGCAUCAUCGCAUUCAAGAAAGACUCUAACGACAAUAUAUUAUCCUUUUUGCAUGCUAAGCAAGGGGAUAACUACAAUGCAAGAAGUAUAAAGCUCAAGGGAGCUGUAACCUCAAGCUCUACGAUCUCUAACUCGAAGUAUUUUGCUGUUGGGACAGAAAAAGGAAUUGUAUCAGUUAUCAAAAUAGAUGAUGCUACUAUAUUGUAUCAAAAACAGCUUGAGUGUCGAGUAUCGGGUGGAAUUUCCUCCUUGCAAUUUGAACUCUACAGCCAUAAUGGAUACGAUAAGGAUCUUUUGAUAGUAGGAAUGGAAGAUUCUUCCAUUUCUGUUCUGGAGGAAGAAACUGGAAAACUUUUGAACACCAACCCAGUUCAGACAAACAGACCCUCGAGAGCCCUUCUGUUGCAGAAAUUGGAGUUAUCUCCAAAUGAUGUAUCUGAUAACCACAAUACAACAUCGAAGGAAUCGUUGCUGUUGCUUUGUACUGAAGAUGCAAUCCGCUUGUUUUCUUUGAGCCAUGCGAUUCAGGGAAUGAAGAACAUAACUAAUAAGAAGAAAUUAAAUGGUCAUUGUUGUUUUGCAUCUCUUAUCCAUAGUACUUCUUCUGAGAUUGGAAUUGUAUUAGUCUUCUCCAAUGGAAAAGUAGAAAUAAGAUCAAUCCCAGAUCUAUCUUUGUUGAAGGAAGCCUCUUUACGAGGUUUUGUAUAUUCAAAUUCCUUGAAUUCCUCUAUUUCCAUAACAUGUUCAUCUAAUGGAGAAAUAAUCUUGGUUAAUGGAGAGGAGACAUAUUUUUUCUCUACUCUCUGUCAGGAUGACACCUACAGGCAUGUAGACAGUAUUAAUACAGUGUACAGAAAAGACCACCCGCCCAGAGAAGAAUCUUCCUAUGUAGUGAAGUCCCCCAAAGAAAAGAAAAAGGGCAUAUUUGGAAUGAUUAUGAAAGACGCUAAAGGAAGCAAGGCGAAAGAGAGUGACGCAAACAGCAGUGAACAGUUCAUUGCAACAAGUUCUGAAGACCUGGCUUCAAUAUUUUCCUCUGCCAACUUCACCCCACCAUCUGAGAGAAGGAACAGUUCACUAAAAUAUGAUGAAAACAUUGAGCUAGACAUAGAUGAUAUCGACAUUGAAGACAACACAGAGAAGCAGAAAGGACCACACUUCCCAGGUCUAAGCAAACAGAAAAUCAGCAAGGGAUUCCAAACUCUUAGAGGAAAAUUGAAGCCCAAAACAGAAGAAAAAGUGAAUUCGGCAAACAAGAAACCUGAAGAUGAACCACCGGUUAGACAAAUUGACCAGAUAAAGAUGAAGUAUGGAUAUGCUACAAGUAAUGAGUCCACCAGUGUUCCAAAAAUGAUCGGGAACAAGCUGCAAGAGAACAUUAAAAAGUUGGAGGGCAUUAAUCUUCGAUCUGCAGAUAUGGCUAAUGGCGCUCAGUCCUUCUCAUCAAUGGCGAAAGAGCUGCUGCGAACCACAAAGAACGAGAAGAGCUCAUCAUAGCAAUGGCAGGCAUGGCAGAUACUUUUUUCCUCCAGUUGUAAAGUCCUCAUUUUGAUGUUUGUUUGAGAAGGCUAACCGCACUUGCCGGGCAGUCAGUUGUAAAGUCCUCUUGGCUUCUCUUUCCACUUGCUUGUGGUUUGUCCACUGCCUUGUCAAGUUCGCCUCACAUGCAUAUGGAACAUUACGCCAUGCUGCCUUAAAAAUGAUUUUGUUGUAGAUAGAAAACAGAGUAUCUCAGCAGGAAAUUUAGAUAGUCAAUUGUUUGCUAUUCCAGUUUUGAUUGUUUACAUGGAUAACUUUCCUCUUGGCUUCUCUUUCUA